AUGCGUCUCUGGCCAAUUCGCAAGCUAGAGGACUCUACCAGCCCGCUACCACACCACCAGCGUUACGAGGGGCGAGCCAGCAACACCUCCAAACGCUCAUCUCAACGUUUUUUAAACUGCUUCAGUCUAGGCUAUCUCUUGGGCAUUGGCUUGGCAGGCCUCACCAUCUGGCUUGUUCUGCACAUCGCGGACAAUAGAGAAGAGCGUCAGCAGACUAAUAUCUAUCCCCUCCUCCAGGGGGCUCACACUCUUCACGCUGCAACCUCAGGGAGGGAAAUUCCCUUCCCAAAUCUUGCUGGAUAUUCGUCACGAGAAGAAGAGAUCGAUGGUUCUGUUACUGGGAAUGAAGCCAUUCGUCUGCCUGCCCCCAAGGUACUCGAUCAUCGCUACGAUGUGCCUCACCAUCCGCAUAUUCGUCCCCGAGAUACGCUUAAUGAGCCUACCUCCGCGACCUCAAUGGAAAUUAUUCCAACGCCGGCUUUAUCUCAUGCCCCACCUGUCUCUCCUCUCGUCCGUAGUCCAACAGGGACGACCGAGGUUCACUAUAGCGAUGCCUACAAAACGACUCUUGAAAAAUGUCUAGCAGAGGAAAACUGGGAUACCUGUAAGCAAGGCUGGGUCAAACGAUUCUUUCCAGAUGGCUCUGCUACCACCUCUGUCUCCCAUACUCCACCCCUGUCUGCAACUUCCACUGUUGAUAGUAGGCAGAGCAUAGUUGUACGCGCCUGGAUUGACCACCUCGAUAGACAAUACGAUGCCCUGUCACCCGCGGGGAGGGGAUGGGUGGAUUAUUGCCUUAGGUUUAAGUAUAAGGGGAAGUUGCAUAAAUGUCUAAGGAAGUGGAAGAAGGUGGAUAUUUUGAAGCGGGAUGAUGAAGGCACAAUCGACAAGAACCAGACUGUCGCUGGGGUUUCUUCUAUGGCUGCCGCUGACGACGUCCCUCGAAAGUCUUCGCGCCUAUCUUCAUCGCCGACUUCAACUUCUUCCUUAGAAGUUUACACGAAGGACAAUGACGAGGACGGAGAUGAACUCGACUACUUUGUUGGGUGGCUCCUAUCUUGUCUAGCCUGGAGAACCGAUAGAGAGUGCAAUCGACUCUAUCUCGAGCUCCAAGACAUAUCCCCCGAACACCCAUCCUAUUCCUCACUCCGUCCCGACAUAUUCGACUGGUAUGACAAAUGUGAGAGCCAGACCUCGGACGAAUGCGACCGGCUCUGGGAUGAGCAGGGACACUGCACGGAAGAUGAUGAAUCCUCAACCUCUCCAUCUCUGUCGCCAUCCCGCCGCGACAAACUCCUCCCAUACUGGAUGGAACGCGACAACCGACUCUACGCCGCCUUAAACCCUGCCGGCAAGAGAUUCGUCGACGAUUGUACUUGGAAUAUCAAAGCAGAAGUACCUGAAUAUCGGUUCGCACUUGGCAGGUGUCUGCACAAAUGGAAGAAGUGGAAGAAACAUAAUGGUUUGGGGAAGAAUAACAACCGUGCCGAUGACGAGGGCGAUUUGGAUUUGGAAGGUGUAUCCGACGAGUAUUGGAUGGACAGGCAAAGGGAGUUGGCAGAGGAUGAGAAGGCAGUUACUAAGCAUAUCAACGCUGCCGAACAGAAGUUUCCGGGUAUAAUGCUUGAAGAUGUAAAAGUGGAUGGAGAUGCCGAUAAGGCUGGGAUUCGUAGGGCCGUGGAUUGGAACCCCGCUGAUCCGGUUGGUGAGCCAAUUUUCCACCACGCCCCUGACCUUGAAGCAGUCAGCUCUGACAAUUCUAUCUUCUCCCGCCUGGCCAAACGCACGCAAGCCAAGUAUAAGCAACUGAAAUACAAAUACACACACCAUUCCAUCAACAGCCUCACGGACAAGACAACCCAAUACGAAUGUUGCGUAUACCAAGGCCAAGUGCUUCCUUGCAGGCUAUUAUGCGCCAACAACACUCCUCUCGUAAUGCCAACACAUCGCCGGACUAGGCGCAGGAGGAACUAUAACUCAAAUACGGCCAUCACCACAAAUACCACCACCAUAAACCCGAGGACGACGAAAAUAGUGCGUGUUGGCAAUGUGGGAUGGCCGCAUCUCGCUACUAACGUUUCUCUGUCAGAGGCCAACAACUGA